AUGUCGGAAAAGUCCUGGGUUGCAGACAUGGCCCCGAAGGACGGCGAGUCUCAGGCCUCCACGGAAGCCUCCCUGACCGCGGAGACCGAUCAUGACGAUGAGUCCGCUUCCUCCUCCGGCAAAGACACCGCAGGCCAAGAGAACGAGCAGGAAUCUGUCAAGACAGAGGCGAUUGAGCCCCCGAAGCCGUCGGUUCGGUUUUGGUGGGAAAUACUUCACGGUGCCGAGGCCGGCUUCAGCGUCGAGUACCUCUUAGACCACUCGGUUCGUUGGUCAGAAAAGGCUUACGAGACAGUGCUCCGAUCCAAGUCGAAGUGUGGCUUCGAACUGAAGGACAGGAAGGAGAUCAUCGAGAAAAUCGCAGCUGUCUUCCAGCUUGCAUGCCCCGAAAGCGGUGAUCAACAGCCGCAUAUCUACUUCAGAGGCAAGGAUGUCCAUGUCCAUCUCGAAAGCCCGGUGUUCCUCGAAGCCUUGUGGAGGAAAAGCAUUUCCUUCAGAGGCCAAGACAUGGUCAUCAUAUCAAAGGGUUUGAGGGGCGGCGGUUUCAGUGUCUACAAGGUCCAAGGUCUGGAGGCAGAAAAGCUGGAGAAUUUCCGAACCAAGCUAGAGAAGGAGUACUCAUGCUGCCGAGCUAUUGUAGCGCUCAACUACGAUAUUGCUCCUCUAGGAGGAGGUCCGGUGUUCUCUGGUGACCUCUUCAUGUUCAGCUCUAAAGAUCCAGUAGCCUUAUAUGACGAAGGUCUCGCGCAGACGGCAUCGGCUGAAGCUACUGCUGCUGGGCAGAGUGAAGCCGAUAGCAUGAAGGAGCCAGACUCUGCUGCCCUCGGUCUCCCAAUCCAGACCGGGUACGAGAUGAUUCUUGGUGGCGAUAACAGCGUGAGCAUCGACUACCUACUGGAUCGAAGCUGCCCGUGGUCGGAAGAGGCUUGGGAGAUUGUUCUGCAGCCUUACAACGUACCGCUUCCAGUGGACGACAAGACCCAGUUUGGCCCACAGGAAAAGGCCGAGAUCAUCACACAGAUCGGUAAGGUCUUUGGCCAAUGUCAUCUGUUCGAGGGAGCAUCGGUUCCCAGAAUUCACUUUACGGAUCAGAGGGUCCACGUGACGGAAGCCACGCAGGAAGUCAUGGUUUCCCUUUGGAGGAAUCCGCCCAUCUUUCGAGAACGUCCAAUGACGAUCGUCUCGAAGGGAUUACCUUUCCCCGACAUCUCGGUCUUCGUGAUCGACUCUUUCCCGGCCCACACAAGGCAAGAGAUCCUCAAGAAGCUUGAGGAGACAACGUCCAGUACGAGCCAUAAGGUCCAAUUCGCGAUUGCUAACAUGUACCACGUGCGUUCGAUGCCCUGCGAGCCGAUGUGCGCCGGGGAGCUCAUCAUUUUUAGAGGAAGUGUUCAGCGGCAAGCGCUGCAGGUCGGGUACUACGUCCAACAACACUACAACACCAUUGACAAGGUAGAGGGUCUGGGCACCGGACGGCUCAUCCCUUAUCCGAAGAUUUAG